AUGGCGGGACGAGUUUCAUGGAUAGGUCUCGGAAACAUCGGCCGUGGCAUGAGCCAAAACAUCGCCCAGAAAGGUCCCCAAACUGGCCCGCUCCUUCUCUACAACCGCACAACUGCACGAGCAACAGCCCAUGCGUCCGAACUCACAAACGCUAAAGCCGUAACAACCCUCGCCGAAGCAGUAAAUGAAUCCGAUUUGAUCUUUACCUGCGUCGGCGACGACACCGCCCUCGACUCAAUUGUCACCGCAAUCCUCUCGGAUCCCAGAAUCUCGCAAGACCUGUCUGACAAGACCUUCAUCGAUUGCUCAACUGUGCACCCGGAUACAUCCCGACGAACCGAAGCAGCCUUCCACGAGCGAGGAGCAGGCUUCGUCGCCUGUCCCGUUUUCGGGGCACCGAAUAUGGCAGACGCAGGACAACUUAUUGUCGUUCCGGCUGGGAAGCGUGCAUCAAUCGAGAAAGUGCGACCAUUCUUCAACGGUGUCGUGUCCAAGAAAACGAUUGACCUCUCAUCUGGAAGUGGAGCUGAUAUAGACGUUGGACGGGCGUCCACACUGAAAGUACUGGGUAACACGUUCAUUCUCAAUACUGUCGGUGUUCUUGCUGAGGCGCUUGUUGCCGCUGAGGCGUCUGGCCUUGGGGUUGAGCCGUUGCAAGAAUGGCUGGGGCUUUUCGCGCCAGGUCCAUUUGCCAAUUAUGCGGAGAGAAUGGUGGGCGGGGAUUAUUGUACCCGGGAGGAGCCGCUUUUUGCAGUUGAUCUUGCCCGGAAGGAUCUGGGACAUGCUUAUGGGAUUGCGAAAGAGGGAGGACUGCGGAUGAAGAAUGUUGAGGUUAUGGAUGGGCUUCUGGAGGAUGUUAAGGAGGCCAAGGGGGUCAAGGGAGAUGUUGCUGCUGUUUAUGGGGCGGUUAGAAAGGGGGCUGGGAUGGAGUUCGGGAAUCAAUGA